CUGUAAAAGCCAACUCAUGUUUCCACUCUAUUUUCAUUACGAAGAUGUAUCACGUCAGGAUCCGUUGCUCAAACUGAAUCACGCCAACGUUAUGGAAGUUCCUGGAUCGUGUGAAAUAAGAGUUUUACCAAAGGCACCCUAUGAUUUCAUAAUCAAAAAUGGAAAAUUGGCUAUGGAGAUUCCGCGCGGUCAGAAAUUCAUACAGACAAAAAGGGGUUCGACAGGAAAGUCGUUUCGAUCCAAUCCAUUCUUGGGGUCAAAUAAAGACAAAGGAUAUGUCAGUGACCUAGCACGACAAAGCACUCUCCGAGGGCAUGGAAUGUCUAAUUUUUCGGUCAGAAUCUCGACAGUAAUGUCUCUGUUAGAUUCCCCGGUCGAAAUACGGGAAAACUUCAUUCAAUUCUCGAUGGAAACGGAGUUUUGCGAAUUCUCCCCGGAACUGGAAGAUCAUUUCGAGAUCUUCGAACAUAUUCGAGGGUUCAAUGUGACUAUUGUCACUUCGGCCAACACACAAGAUGAGACUUUACCACCGUGGAGCGGCUUUUUGCAAAAAGAUGAGGUGGAGCCUUAACGCGACAUAAGAUGUCGGAGAAGCGAAAUAUACGAGAUCACAAACGUAGAUUGCUCGCGGCUAAAUAUGAAUUGAGA